UCUUAGGGCAUUGAUUUGCGCUAUCGCCCGGAUCCAAUUUCGCGACUUCUCGGUGCGGAUUCCUGGAUUCUCCCUCCUCCGCGCCAUCGCGCGCGCGUCUUCGGCCGGCUGGGCAUCGAUCGAUCGGCGUCGCAAAAGCUUUUGCGAGCGCGAGGGCAAGGCGAGUGACUUGUGCUUGGAGGCUGCUCUAAGCUAGACUCAUGAAGGUUGUCCAUCGUUCUUUGGCUAGGGAAUUCCGUUCUUCUUAGGAGCGACUUAGCAUCACAACGGGCACUGCGAUUUGCAGUGCCCCAUGGAUACUGCAGCAACUGGACCAGUUUGGCAACCAACUUCUCUGUCGUUUAUAGGAAUCUCUGGAGAACAGCCUCAUGGUGUUGCGGCACUCAUGCAAACGUCGCAGCGCAACCAGCGCCUAUGCUAUGGGAGCUCGAGCUCUCAUGGGGAAUUCCCGCUCGCCACCAAUCCAUCCAUUGUUUUGCACGUCCUCACCGAGUGCUGCCUUGAUCCACAAGACCUGGCACGGCUUGAGGCAACUUGCUCAUUCUUUAGACACGCCGCCAACUUCACACCCGACGUCACGCUCUCCCUCUCGGAGCUCGCUGCAUUGGACAUGUGUAAGAGGCGGGCUAUCUUCAGACCGAUGACGAGCGAGGAGAGGGAGUCGCUCAAGGAGAGCUGUGGAGGGUCCUGGAAGCUGGUGCUGCGUUUUCUCAAAGCUGGCGAGCUUUGCUACAGGCGGGAGAAGAUCCAGGCGAUCGCGGGCCCUGGCCACAGUAUCGUCGUCACCAAGACCGGUGCCGUCUACACCUUCGGCUCUAGCAGUUCUGGGCAGCUUGGACAUGGGUCGCUUGACGAAGAGUGGCGUCCUCGUCUGCUCAGGUCCCUCCAAGGCGUGAGGAUCAUCCAAGCCACAGCAGGUGUAGGCCGGACGAUGCUUAUCAGUGACACUGGCCGGGUGUAUGCGUUUGGGAAGGAUUCGUUCGGGGAUCCAGAGUAUGGUGGCCCGGGCUCCAAGAACAUCAACACGCCGCAGAUAGUAGAGUCGUUGAACGGCAUUUUUGUGGUACAAGCCGCUAUAGGAAACUUCUUCACGGCCGUGUUAUCUCGUGAAGGGCGAGUGUAUACUUUCUCCUGGGGUGCGGAUGCCAAGCUCGGGCACCAGACAGAGCCCGAGGAUCAGAAACCGCAGUUGUUAAGGGGAGCGUUAGAGAAUAAACCUGUCGUGCAAAUUGCAGCAGGAUAUUGCUACCUCCUGGCUCUCACUUGUCAAUCCACCGGGAUGGCGGUUUACUCCGUUGGCUGUGGACUCGGAGGAAAGCUGGGACACGGUACUCGAUCCGACGAGAGAUGGCCGAAGAUGAUAGAGCACUUCCAGCACCUUCGCUUGCAACCGAUUGCGGUGGCUGCGGGGGCAUGGCACGCAGCCGUGGUGUCCGAGGAUGGCCGAGUGUGUACGUGGGGAUGGGGCCGCUAUGGCUGCCUAGGACACGGGAACGAGGACUGCGAGUUGCUGCCAAAGGUGGUGGAGUCUUUACAGGGAGUCAAGGCCGUGCACGUAGCUACCGGGGACUACACAACGUUCGUGGUGACUGACGCGGGAGAGGUCUUCUCAUGCGGCUGUGGGGAGUCCUCGAGUCUCGGACAUCUCAGUGGUGCUACCGAGGGCCAGGCUAAUCGUCACGCGAACGUUCUCCGGCCGGAGCUCGUGUCGUCUCUUAAACAGAGAAACGAGAAGGUGUUGCAAAUCAGCCUGACGAACUCGGUGACUUGGAACGCGCACACGUUCGCGCUCUGCGACUCGGGGCGAUUGUUUGCGUUUGGAGCUGGGGACAAGGGGCAGCUUGGCACCGAGCUCCUGGACAACGAGAGCGAGAGAGGUACGCCAGAGCUCGUCGACAUCGAUCUCAGCUGAUGGAAGCAUCAAAGAAGAGAAAGUCUCCAUCCAAAAUUUCCACUUUCACUGUGUAGAUUUGUUCAUCCACCAGGGACAUAUUUGUACAUAGAUCAAUCCAAAAAAAAAGAGAAAAACUUGUAUAAA